AGGGCCCCGGCACGCCGCAGCCCAAGCCGGCCAGCCUGGGCCGAGGGCGGGGGGCAGCCGCCGCCAUCCUCAGCUUGGGCAACGUGCUCAAUUACCUGGACAGGUACACCGUGGCAGGCGUCCUCCUGGACAUCCAGCAGCACUUUGGAGUCAAGGAUCGUGGCGCGGGCCUGCUGCAGUCAGUGUUCAUCUGCAGCUUCAUGGUGGCCGCCCCUAUCUUUGGCUACCUGGGUGACCGCUUCAACAGGAAGGUGAUCCUCAGCUGCGGCAUUUUCUUCUGGUCGGCAGUCACCUUCUCUAGCUCCUUCAUCCCUCAGCAGUACUUCUGGCUGCUGGUCCUGUCCCGGGGGCUGGUGGGCAUCGGUGAGGCCAGCUAUUCCACCAUCGCACCCACGAUCAUCGGCGACCUCUUCACCAAGAACACACGCACACUGAUGCUGUCUGUCUUCUACUUUGCCAUCCCGCUGGGCAGUGGCCUGGGGUAUAUUACAGGCUCCAGUGUGAAGCAGGCAGCUGGAGACUGGCACUGGGCUCUGCGGGUGUCUCCUGUCCUGGGCAUGAUCACAGGAACGCUCAUCCUCAUCCUGGUCCCAGUCACUAAGAGAGGCCACGCAGACCAGCUUGGAGGGCAGCUCAAGGCACGGACCUCAUGGCUCCGAGACAUGAAGGCUUUGAUCAGAAAUCGCAGCUAUGUCUUCUCCUCCCUGGCCACAUCAGCCGUGUCCUUCGCCACAGGAGCCCUGGGCAUGUGGAUCCCACUCUACCUGCACCGUGCCCAAGUUGUGCAGAAGACAGCAGAGAUGUGCAACAGCCCACCCUGUGGGGCCAAGGACAGCCUCAUCUUUGGGGCCAUCACCUGCUUUACUGGCUUCCUGGGUGUGGUCACGGGUGCAGGGGCCACACGCUGGUGCCGCCUGAGGACCCAGAGGGCCGACCCGCUGGUGUGUGCUGUGGGCAUGCUGGGCUCCUCCAUCUUCAUCUGCCUCAUCUUUGUGGCUGCCAAGAGCAGCAUUGUGGGCGCCUAUAUCUGUAUCUUCAUUGGGGAGACCCUGCUGUUUUCCAAUUGGGCCAUCACGGCAGACAUCCUCAUGUACGUGGUCAUCCCCACACGACGGGCCACCGCGGUGGCCUUACAGAGCUUCACCUCCCACUUGCUGGGGGAUGCUGGAAGCCCCUACCUCAUCGGCUUUAUCUCAGACCUGAUCCGCCAGAGCACCAAGGACUCUCCACUCUGGGAGUUCCUGAGCCUAGGCUAUGCCCUCAUGCUCUGCCCCUUCGUGGUGGUCCUGGGCGGCAUGUUCUUCCUCGCCACCGCCCUCUUCUUCCUCAGUGACCGUGCCAAGGCUGAGCAGCAGGUGAACCAGCUGGUGAUGCCUCCUGCAUCAGUGAAAGUCUGAGGUGGUGCCGCUGGGACAGUGAUGAAGCCUCACCCGUGUUUGUACCUAGACUGGAAAGUGGCCUUGGGCACUUUGGACCUAC